UGGUGGGCUCAUUCUAGGACAGAGAAUCGUUCGAUGCGUAUUGCUCUUGAGGACAGCUCUUGCUUUAGACAUGGUUGAAUGAGAACACUUUGGAAUUGGGUUGAAGCAGAUUAUUUGAUCACAACACCAGGGAUCCUGCUGAUCGAAUAUCCGAUGUAAGACAGUGAGCAGAACAAAAUGGCUUCGAAAAAAAUGCAACCACUGGUUAAGGCCUACCAGCGGGAUGUUACAAAGGCACUGGAGAAGUACCAGGUUCUCCGUGACUUGGAUAUCUUCGUGUUGGACAACUCGAUCCGAGAGAGCACUGUGGGACAGCUGCGGGGCCACACCCUGGAGAGCAAGUGGCAGAUUUAUGAAGAGGUGAAGAAGUGUGGAUUCAAGCAUACCAUCGUGGCCUCCUUUUCGCAUAUGACUCGUGUGGAUGACAUCUUCAUCAUGCAGCUGAAGGAAAGAGGGGAGGACCCAGAAGGCCUGUGGGCAUUCUCCGAGAUCACUGCAGGUGCAAAAUGCAAGAUACCAGACACUGUGAACGUUCCCGUUGGUAUCCGAAAAUUGCAACCAGCGGGCCUUUACAGCGUAAUCUUUGAGGUGGAUCUGGGUGAUAUUGUGUAUGACUUCAGCAAGUUCUCUAUAAGUGACAUGUGCGCACUGCUUAGCAAGUGGAUCGACUGGUGCUUCGAGAAUCUCAGCCCCAAGGCCAAGAUGAUGUUCAGCUUCCGUGACCUCCCUGACGUCAUGCCUGAACACUCUGAUCGAGUGUUUGAGGUAGUAUCCUACCUAGCCAACCUGCCGCCCAAUCGCCGUCCCUUUGGCAUGAUGUUCGAGGAGCCGAGAGGGAAGUCUUUGCCAGAGGAGUGCGGCAUGUGGGCCCGAUAUAUCCGUAAAGUCAUGGAAGACAACAAAUGGAAGGGACAUCUGCUUGUUCACGUCCACGAAAAGUUUGGCUACUGUGAUGCGACAGCUCUGCAAGUUCUUAUGGAUGGUGCAGACGGCAUCUGGGCCAGUGUUUGCGCUGAGGGUGCGUCCAUGGGUAACGCCCCAUCCUGCGUCACCUUAAUGAACCUCAUCCGGCUCGGCAACAAGAAGGUUCUGAAGAGGUUCAACUGCACUUACCUGAGGAAAGCCGCCAUCAACGUGACCAAAAUCACCACAGGGAAAGACCCGCACAUCAAACAGCCGGUCUUCGGUGCGCGAGCCAUUGACUUCGUCUUUGAUCUCAAGCAGGAGGAGUUCGACCUGGCCAGCUUCUUUGGUGAGAAGGCUCCCGUGCGAAUCAGCACCAUGGCCAGCAAGGAGAUGAUCCGUCAGCGCAUGGUCGAUCUCUUUGGAGACGAUCCACAGUUUACCUUGGAUCUGGCCUACAAGAUGAAGGAGCUUAUUCUGGAAGAUCUUCGCACUGGCCGGAAGGAAGAAUACAUGAGCAUGGUGGGUCUGGCCUUGCUGUUUGAUCGAGCUGGAGGAAGUCUGAACCAGCGAAUGAGAGACGCCAUCGACCAGUUCCAGGUGAAAGGGGAGCACGCUAAGAACCUACUUGUCAAAGUUCGCGAGAUAUGGGACGAGUGGGACCUGAAGGACGAGGUGCAAGGGGACGAUAUGUUGCAGUUUGACUCCUUCUAUAACGGCUUCAUGGCGCCCUACUUCUCCUGCUAUCGCUGCUCUGACACCUUGAGGGCUCUACAGGCCAUCGACAUGGACGCCGACGGCAUGGUGGAUUGGAAUGAGUUCGAGGUCUACUUGAAGUGGGCCCUCCAUCAAUAUCCCAAUAUUGCUGACGUGGAUGAGCUGCUGGAUAUUGCCUUCCAAAAGGGAAUUAUCCCAGCUAUGAAGGAUGAGUUCCUCAAGACAGAGUAAGAAUGGCCUGACCGUACGACCACAAUAGCGCACCUUUUGCGUUAGUGUAUUUUAUAUCCUAUGGGGCGUUUAAAAACAUCUAAUACAGCAGAAAUAAUUAUAACGUACUUUUUGUUUGCGGUGCCUGCUGUGAUUUUUUAAAAAUAAUAUGGAUGAUGAAGAGUUGUGACAUUACUCAAUGAAUUAGGACACUUUUCGAUAGUAUAUCUUUUGCUUCUUUUUAACCAAUUUUCAUCACUGUCUUUCACUCUUGAAAGUUUUUAGCGCGUGCGCUAUGCUACUACAUUGAGAAUUCUGUGGUUUUUUUCGUCAAGUUUUAACAUACCGUCAUCAACACCACGAAGUACCGUAGUACUCAUCCGUAGUUGCACCGCUUCAAACUUCACUUUAAAGUAGAGCUGUUAAGCCUAUGUGGCUAACUAAAAAAUCUUAAUGUUUCAUUUUUGAUCAGAGUUUUUCGUAUUGGUUUUCCAUUUUAGUUGCCACUACUAGUAGGCCUAUGACACUUAUAUUUUGUAUUCCAGUUUGGUAAUUUGUUUUGAAUUUUCUUCGCAGCGGAAACAUUAAAAUUUGGGUUGGAUUUAACAGUAGAAAUGCAGUUUUUAUCUGGUUAUGUCGGCCGUUGACUGUUGGUAAUUUAGUAGCUGAUUUACAGUUUCAUUAAUAGACAAAUACACUGUGCAAAUAAUUAUACGGAACAAGGAUGACAAACACCGGAAAUACUUCGGUUGAAAGAAAAACAGGCACUGGUAAUGCCAACCUAUAAUUUGGUAAGACUCGGAAUGAAAUGAUUAAAUUUGUUUGAUUAGUCAAUUUGCCAAAUUUGAAGCGUUGAGAAAUAUUCGAAUAUUAUGAGAAUUCUUUUCCUAUAAAACCAUGUGGCUGUGUUGUGGACUGGCUGGACGAAUUUGAAAAUGCGCAUUUUUUGGCGUUGGAAGAUUAAGCAUAUGGAAAUUUAUUGUUUUUGUUUCUUCCUUGUCGUAUUUUAGGUACCGCCUCCUACAUCAAAGCAUUAUUUUUAACCGAUGACGUUUACAUAUACUGCCUAAAUAUACUCCUAAUUUUGCAGAUGUGUCAGAUACGUUGUAGGUUAUAGUUCAUAGACAUAGGUAUGUGUUUAACGAAACAUUUCGUUUAUCUCAGAAAAAAUACAUAUCAUUUAUCUAUCAUUGUGGUGUUUUUUAAUUUUUGAUAUAUUGGUACAGUUUUAUAGCCAUUGUGUGUGUUCACCGGUAUAAUCUAACAAUGAAUAUAAAGAACAGUAUCAAUUAAUCGAUCAAUAUUGUAGCUAAUUUUACAUAAGCAAUUUUUUUAAUGGCUUCUUAAGCUUUAUUUUUGUUUACCAUUAUACCAAGAGUUGUUCUGGAUUGAUUGCGUAGUGUGGCAUUAUGACUGUCGUCUGGAUUAGGUUUAUUAACUUGCCCAAGCGUGAAAUACAAUACAUUAGCUCGGUAUACCUAGAUGGCAACAAAUCGGAAAUUAAAUUUGGUGUAUACACUUUUC